AUGGCUGACUACGAUCGACGACCACGACGGGGAGGUGGAGGCGGCAGGGGCGGAGGCGGAGGCGGACAAUUCAACAAUCGCAAAAGAAGAUACAGAGAGGAUGACUAUGACGACCGAAGACCACAACGCCGCCGAUACGAGGAGCCACUGGCUGUUUCACUGCGCAAGCAGGUUCUGUCAAUUGCCGAGAACCCGAUUCGACGAGCUGAGGAUGAUGUUGUGUCAAUCGCGAAAAUCCUUGCAGAGAAUUACUUUGACCACGACCUUAUCUCCGGCUUCCUGGAGCUGGUUGUGCACCUGCCACAAGAACAGCCACUCAAGACUCCGUUCAUAGCUGCCAUCGUCCUCCAUGCGAACGCCUUGAAACCUGAGCUGAUCACCGACGUGCUCGCACAAAUUGGAAAAGGACUACAAAAGCAAUUGGAUCGCGGCGCCUGGAGAGAGGUCAAGCUAUACCUACGAUUUUUGGCCUGUCUACAAGGCAUCUUUGAAGAUGAUGGUCUCUUCCGACUGCUGGAAGAAUUGUUUUCCCGCGCGGCAGACCUCCAGAUGAAGUCCUCCGAGGAUUCCUUGGGCUUGGAGCUCGUCAAGCUCAUUCUCAUGACUAUCCCUUAUGCAAUGGCAUCUUCUGCUACAGGUUUCGAUGGUCAAGCAAAUAGUCUCCUGGAGAAGACCGACAUCAUCGCAUCAACGGGACACCCUCUUGAAACUCUCGUUGACCCGUUCCCAUCCCCCGAGGUUGGAGCACCGCCCAGUUCGGAAAGUGCACUUGCGCUUCUUCAGAAACAUAUGCAGGAAGAGGCGAAGAACUCGUGGGAGCUAGCAUGCCUACCACGCCCCUGGAAGGGAGGUCGGUCCGCGGAAGCCGAAGAGUUAUUGGCACAAGCACAAAAACAUGCCUUUCCUCAGGUCGUCGUACCGGAGACCGUACUGACUGGGCCCCGCUCGAUCUUCCCUGAGAUCUACUUGUCUGUCUACGGUGAGCAAGAGAUUGAAACAGUUCCUUCAGCCUCAGACUCUUCAGCCCUCCUUAUUCGCGAUGCGUUAUCCGACACCAUCAAUGUCCUCGACUUCAACCGAAAUAUUGCUGCAAAGUUCCUCAUCGAUGUGGAUUGUUAUUUCGCGCCAGAUACCUUUGUUAAGAGGGCUACCGCAUUCGAUAAAUUACGUGAUGUUGCAGGCGACAAGGCAACCUGGAAACCCGAGGACGUUAUCGUGGACGCCACUUUUGGACAACUUCUCCAACUGCCAGCUCCUGAGCACAAAUUGGUAUACUAUCACUCAGUGUUAACCGAGGCUUGCAGGCUGGCCCCUGCAGCAGUUGCACCUAGUCUGGGAAGAGCAAUCCGAUACCUGUACCGUAACGUGGACAGGAUAGAUCUUGAGCUCUCCCAGCGUUUUCUGGAUUGGUUUGCUCAUCAUCUAAGCAACUUUGGCUUCACAUGGAAAUGGACUGAAUGGGUCGGCGAUGUCGAUCUACCAAAUGUCCAUCCAAAGAAGGCCUUCAUCAUUGACGCCUUGGACAAGGAGAUCCGGCUUAGCUUCUCGAAGCGCAUCAAGGGCACCUUGCCAGAGCCUUACCAAGCCCUGAUCUCUGAUGAAAAGGAGAAAGACUCGCCUGACUUCAAGUACAACGAUGAUGCCACACCGUUUGCAGCACACGGCAGAGAAAUCGCUCAACUUAUUCGCAAGAAAGCAGCAAGUGAGGAUUUUGCACCUUUUCUAGAGUCAAUUGAGCAAGAAGCGUCAGCAGCAGGCUUGGCAGAUCCCGUACUUGCCUCCACAGACGCCCUUGUCACCUCAAUUUGUUGGGUCGGUUCAAAGUCAAUGUCCCACGUCCUCGCCUGUAUCGAGCGCAGCAAAGACCGUCUACUGGAAACCGGCAAUGCUUCCCCGACUGCCCGGAAGCAGAUAAUCACAUCUGUAAUGGAAUACUGGAAAUUCCAGCAAGGCAUCGGUGGCGUGAUCGUGGACAAACUACUCAACUAUCAGAUCUUGACGCCAGCCAGUGUUGUCGAAUGGGCGUUGAUCGAUCAUGUUGAGCGGGGCACGGUACUCGCCAGCACAUGGGCCUACGAGCUCGUCGACAACACAACCAGGAAAGUUGCAAAUCGGGUGAAAAGCCUUGUAGACGCCAUCAGACAACCUGGUCUUGACGAUGAGCAGAAGACGCAACUCCAACAUGCAUUGAGCCAGGAGCAGGAGGGCACGAAGGGACUGUUCGCCAUCAUCGAGGACGCAGUCGUCAGCAUUCGGGACGGAAAUCAGGAUCAGAUGAUGGAAAGCAGCGAUUCUCUGCGCGAGGAAGAAGAAGCCCUGCUCAAGUCGUGGGGCGGCAAAUGGGCGAGAGUUUUUCAGCGCAGGUUCGCCGUGGACGAGAGCUGGGUCAGAGAGGAGUUGGCCAAACCCAUCCCGGUUGUCGAAGCACCUCCACCGACAGUCGUUGCAGACGAUCCUACGAAUGAAGCUCCAUCUGCGACGAAUGGCGCCGGGGAAAAUGGCACGGCAAUGGUGGAGGAUGAUGGAAUUGAGUAG